UUCGCGGGUUCUUGCACGAAGAGCGUAGUCCCGGAAAUCGUCCGGAUAUUCUUCUGCGUGUUCUUUCAUUAUAUAAGAACACUCGGAACGUCAAGGAGAUUUCGAAAAUUUUCAAAAACAUGCUCGGAGGUCGUUCCGUAAAGUUCUAAACUUUUUACCGUCUUGAUUUUAAAGUAAUUUUCUGCUGUAUCAUUCCAAUUGUUUAGCCGUUUUGAUAACUAACUUUAAAGAACACGUUGAUUUUUCGAUUCUUGUUUUUAUCAUUUCGAAUUUUUAUUUUGAUUUAUACGUGCAGCAUUUUUCAAGUAAUUGCAUUUCUGUACAACGAAUAGACACGAAGUUGAUCGCUGAUAAUUAAUCACAAAAGUUGCUGCUGAGAAAUGGAAUGAAAUAGAAUUCCUUUUGUAAUUUUUGCUCAACAAUUUUUAAUAGAAAUUUGACUUUGGAAUAAUUUAUAAAUAUUUGAAUUUUUGAUAUCAUUCUAAGUUAAGAAUAAAAUAAAAUUGUGCAUAUAGCAAGCAACUUUGAGCUUUUUUUACAAAAAGUAAUCUCACCAGCAAGCGCACAUUUCAAACAUGAAUCAAUCGUUGGUGGAAGAAGUUUUUCAGAGAGAAACAAGCCUCGGUGCCGUCGAUUAUGUUGUGAUCGGUGCCAUGUUUUUCAUGUCAUCGGGUAUUGGCCUUUAUUUCCACUUUUCUGGCGGGAAACAGAAGACGACCAACGAAUUUUUGCUGGCCGGGCAGAACAUGAGCAUCUUUCCCGUUGCGCUGUCAUUGAUGGCAAGUGGUAAAUCGGCUAUUACUUAUCUCGGUGUGCCGGCUGACAUGUAUGUGUAUGGGACGCAUUUUGCAUUUGUUAAUCUAGGAACUUCUGCUGGAGCUCUGGCUGCUGGUUAUCUGUUCAUACCUGUGUUCUUCAAUACAAAGUCUUCUACAACUUACGAGUAUUUAGAAAGGAGAUUUGGACGUCUUCUUAGGAGAAUAUGUUCGUUAAGUUUCUCUUUACAAGUUAUAUUGUACACAGCUGUCUGCUUGUAUGCUCCAGCUCUGGCAUUGAGCGCCGUGACCAAUCUAUCUCUAUGGACAUCUGUCAUUACUGUAGGGGUCGUUUGCACAUUUUAUUGCACAAUGGGUGGUAUGAAAGCUGUCCUGUGGACUGACGUACUCCAGGCAUUGCUCAUGUACGUGGGAUUGAUAGCCAUAUUGGCCAAAGGAAGCGCGGAUGUCGGAGGUGUCCAAACAGUUUGGUCUCGGGCAGAAGAAGGGGGACGUCUUAUUGUGCCGGGGCUUGAAAUGGAUUUCACUUCUCGUUAUACAUUUUUAAAUAUUUUCAUGUACGGUUUCAUCACUUCUCUUUCUGCCUAUGGUGUCGGCCAAAUGCAGGUUCAAAGGAUGCUCACUGUAAGCUCCGUAAAGAAAGCACGGAUUGCUUUGUUUUCAAGUAUACCUGUGAUCGCAAUCUUCCAUGUUGUAAACGUCUUUGUAGGUCUAGUUGUGUAUGCCAAUUUCUACGACUGUGAUCCUCUCACUUCAAGCGAGAGACCCAUAUCAAAGCCUGACCAACUAUUGCCUUACUUUUCCCUGAAAGCUUUGAGCAGCUUUCCAGGAAUGCCGGGGCUGUGCAUCUGCGGAAUGUUGAGUGCCGCCCUUAGUACAUUGUCCUCCCUCUUCAAUUCCUUAACCACCGUCACCGUGGAAGAUUUCAUGCGCCCUUUCUGGAAGAUGAGCGACAGGAGGAAUGCAAUGGCAGCGAAAUUCAUAACUAUCUUCUAUGGCUUUCUAAGCCUCGUCCUCACGUAUAUUGUAUCAAGUUUUGGAAAUGUGCUGCAAGCUUCUACUAUAGUGUACGGUCUCGUGGCUGGACCUACGCUGGGAGUGUUUCUACUAGGAGUUUUAACAGCAAGAACCAAUGAAAAGGGAGCAGUGAUUGGCCUAUUGGCAUCUCUGGCUUUUACUGCUUGGAUCAGUUUCGGAAGCGCACAGACAAAUAUUGGCCAUGCGAAACUGCCAGUUUCAAUCUCAGGUUGUCCGAUCAAAAAUUCUACUCUCACAUCCACCUUAUCUCCAAUAACAACGACGCUGGAACCACACAUGUCAGAUAAUUUAAUAGACAAUAUUUUCCCACUGUUUAAGAUCUCUUACAUGUGGUUCUCGCCUCUCGGUACAUUGACAACUAUAGUGGUUGGAUAUUUUGCCAGUUAUAUUUUUAAAAAGCCAUUAAAUCUUGAAAGACAUUUGCUGAAUCCAAUCGCCAGAAAACUGGUGCUUAAGGAAGAAAACGAAAAGAAAUGCAUACAUCUUUCUGAAUUGUAUUCCGAAACUGAAAUGCUCAGAAAAGGCGAAAAUGGCGAGAUAGUGCGUCAGCCAGACAUCAAGUAAAGUUUAGUUGAAAAGUGCAAGAGUGAUCAUUUUCUUGUGAAUUAAAAGGAUAUAAACAAGGGCCGCGUUCGGAAAAGCAGAUGAAUGGUGCAGCUUCGAUCUGUUUUGAAGAAAAGUCCUGAAAAUGGAAAUUAAAUCAAGAGGCCCGGAGAAGAUGUGCAAUCAAGAACAACAUUCUAACCUCAAGAUUUUGCUCAUCUUCAACCUUUUCAUUUUUUGGAGAAAUGAUUACUGUUCCUCACAUUUGUUAAUUGAUCUUCAUUUUAUUCUUUUAUCCAAAGUUCAAGUUUAAGAUAUGAAAGUAAUGUUUAAAUAUAAGAUAAAUAAGAUUUUAAAAUAUAAUAUCAUACAUGUUGUUGUUUUUAUAUGUAUAAAGCUUUUAUAAGUGUUUAAGCUGUAAAAAAUAUGGUUAUGUCAUCUAAAGUAUUUUUUGCCUGAAAAAAAAACCAUAUUUUAAUAUCUUCUUGAAGAUUGUUA